GCUUAUAUUCAGCUCCCUUUUAAAUUUCCUUACCACCAUAACAUGUUCAAAUCGAAGACAAGCCAAAAAGAACCAAAACAGCAGCUAGAAGACAUGGAUGAAACCACCAUUUCUUUGAUCCUUCAAGCUUGUAAGUUAGCCAGAGACCUUGAAUCAAACCUACCCAACUUGGCCAACCAGCCCAACUUGCUCUCAAACUCCUUGGAUGAGAUCACAAAGAAUUUUGUUACAGCCAGAGAGAGAGUGUAUGGUCAAGAUCCAAGUACUUCUUCAUGUCUGCACAACAUGCUUACUUUUGCGCACCAGCAGCAGAUUGGUACAAGUCAUGUACAAGAAUGGCUGAGGUCUAAUUAUGCACAACAAGCAAUGGACAUUAUCCAAACCCAACUUGUAGUUGAUCAGAAGGAAGCUAAGAUUGGCGGCUGCAUCGACGACGAUGAUGCAGAGGUUAAGGGCCUUCAGGCAAUGGAAGCUUCUGACAUGAACGUUGCUUCAUCAUCCUCACAAAGACCAAGAAGAAGGAAGGAUCAGGGGUUAAUCAGCAAAAUAACAGUUCCAGCACCUCGGAUUGGAAAUACUGAAAUCCCACCAGAGGAUGGCUUCACUUGGAGAAAAUAUGGUCAGAAGGAGAUCAUGGGCUCCAGGUUCCCAAGGGGUUACUAUAGGUGCACCCACCAAAAGCUCUACAAUUGCCCAGCCAAGAAGCAAGUCCAGAGGCUUGACAAUGAUCCCUUAACAUUUGAAGUCAUGUACAGAGGUGAACAUACAUGUCACAUGUCAGCCACUGCACCUUCAAUUCCACCACCAUCAGCAGAACAUCAUAAUGCUACACAAGAGAGUAUGGCCCGAACCCUAGCAACUACCACAACCACUGACCCUCCUACAGCAUCUCUAUGGCUUUCCAUGGACUUCAACCCAAUUAGAGGAGGCGGCGGCAGCAGCAGUGGGAUGAUAGGCAGCAGCCGUGGCGGCGGUGGUGGAGGCAGUGGUGAUGGUGUAGGGACAUCCACCACCACGCGCUACGGUAAAGAAGUUGACUUUCCUGUGGUGGAUUUGGCUGAUGCAAUGUUCAAUUCAGGCAGCAGCAGCACCAAUAGUAUGGAUUUUAUUUUCACUUCUGCUGAAAACAAAUGGGAGUCAGAGGACAAGAAAAACUGAGGCCAGUAGCAGGAUAUGCUAGUACUUUCGGCCGGCAGCUGGCCAAAUUUUCCUUGUAAUGUUCUUUAGUCAAUGGGACUACAGGAGCUAAUUAAUCAACCAAUUCAUCAGAGUUAGUCAACCUAAACUUCUAGGAAAGUUCAUUAAUUAAAGUUUCACAGGUGUUUGUAACAAGGUGUUCAAUUUCACCAUGUAAUGCAUUGAGAUGUGUUCACUGGCAAUUUUAUGUGGAUUUAAAUUUGUAUUUCAUAGUCCUAGUGUAGCAGGUAUAUGGAGGAAAUCAAUCUGAUGAUACAUUCUUUACUUUGAGAACUUCUCAAUUAGACAAUUUAUAAUGUAAAUUCAUUAUAAACUUUUGAUUUUGU